UAGUAAGAUAAUAAAAUUCUAGAUUUUUUAAAGUUUUUUAGCGGUUUCUGGUAGGUCUUUUCGUAAAUUUAUGCUAAUUUGAAUCAAUAUUGUUAACCUAAAAAAAAAUCCGAUAAAGGACUUCUUGAAAAUGUCUUCUUUAAUAACACUAUUAGAAAAUAUGUUAUAAUAUACCCAUGUAUAUCUAAGUCGAGCCCCUUAUAUAACGCCUGUGUAUAAAACCAAAACAGUGAGUCGGAAAUCUUGAGAGGUCGGAGUUCAGUGUAGUGCUCAGACACAAGUUGCAGGCCGAUGUUCUUUUACUAAAUCUUUGUUGAUACAAUGACCUCUACUAUACAUCAUCGUUGCUUAUAUACGUAUUUAUAGAAAAAAAAAUCAUAAUAAUUGCAAAUCGUAGAAAAGUAAAUAUAUCCACUAUAAUGAAGUAUGUAGAUUGCUCUAUUUUGGUGGUGUUCAUUGUUGAUUUGCUGGCUACAACAGGGGAUUUGGGUUUGUCAUGGACCUCUCCGGUAUAUCCGAAAUUAUAUUCUAAUAAUUCAUUAAUAAAUCCUCUACAUAGAAGAAUAACGGAUAGUGAAGAUGCGUGGUUAGGUUCCUGGUUGAAUUUCGGUGCUAUCUUAGGCCCCGUGUUGUUCGGGUACAUAUCGGAAACGUUCGGGAGAAAAGUUGGGUUAUUAGCUAUAGCAGUACCACACGUGGUGGCAUUUUUAACGUUCGCUUUCGCCCACAACAUUUACCUUUAUUAUGUCGGGAGGUUUUUGGGAGGAGUAUCUUUAGGAGGAGGUUAUUGUUUAUACGUAAUUUACAUAGCGGAAAUUUCGAAAGAUUCUAAUAGAGGAAAAAUGUCGUUGACGACGAAUACGUUUUGUGCGUUAGGAAACUUUCUACCGCUGGUGAUAGGUCCGUUUACAUCGAUGCGCGUUUUCAAUUUAAUCUUAGCUUGUUUACCGAUGACUUUUUUAAUAUUGUUUAGUGUAAUAGCUCCCGAGAGUCCGUACUAUUUAGUAAGCGUUAAGAAAGAAAAAGAAGCGGAAGAAGCUUUAAUGUACUUAAGAUCGGCGGACGCAGCUGGUGUAGCCGAAGAACUAGACAAUAUCAAAUCUUUUAUCAAAAUGGACGGUAGAGGUCACUUCACCGAUAUAUUUAACAACAAAAUUUUAAGAAAAUCUUUUUUAUUGUGUCUUGUUUUAAUAGCUUCUCAAGAUUUGUCCGGAUUUUGCGCUAUAACUUAUCAUUUACAAACAAUAUUCGAAAUUUCUGGUACGAAAUUGAGUCCGGAAUUAGCGACAAUCGUAGUAGGCGUGGCUUUAUUAUUAUCCAGUGUGACAGCUCCGUCUUUAGUCGAUAAAGUAGGUAGGAAACCACUAAUUGUAGUUUCCUGCUUCGGUAUGUUUGUAGCUUUGAAUUUACUAGCGGGCUUCUUUUAUUUCCACGACAAAAAUAUUAAUACGAAACCGAUGUUUUGGAUACCGAUACUAAGUUUAAUGAUUUAUAUAAUAUUUUUUAACGUCGGAAUAUGUACUGUCCCUUGGGUACUGAUGUCCGAAUUGUUUCCUAAUAAUUUGAGACAGAUGACCACCGCUGCCGCUUCUACUUUCGGUUGGAUAACCUCUUUUAUUAUAGCAAACAGUUUCAACGAUAUGACAUCGAUGAUGGGACAAUCUGGUACUUUCUGGUUUUUCUCAUCGAUGUCCAUUUUGUGCGCCACCAUUACUAUUUGCUAUUUACCGGAAACGAAAGGUAAAACUUUCAUUCAAAUUCAAGUUAUGUUGUCAGCAUUGCCAAACAAAAAUAUAGGUUAAGAAUCUCGAUAUACAGUAUGUCGCAAUUAAGAUGUUGUUUUUUUGUUACUCAUAUUUGAAUUCUAACACGAUAAUAAAGAUAAUAACAGUUAAAACAUAAAAAACUUUUUUGCAUUUUUAAGGUUAGGUCACUACUAAUUAACCCCCCGAAUGGUUCAAUCGCCUUCUACUUACCAUUACCUACUGUCCUCCCCCUAUGUCGAUUUAACUUCGGGACAUCCUGUAUAGUUAUAUCUUCUUCUUAAAUGCAACACACUGUAUAAAUCAAAUCUAAUUAUCAAAUUGUUUUCCACUUUUCUUUUAUAUUUAAUGUAAUUGAAUGCUACUAAAGUUGACAUUCAUGCCGAAACGGCAGGAUAAAAUAGAAUUUACAUUAAUAAAAAACAAUCUACGACGUCUAAAAAAUUUUAUAGGAGACUUUCAGUACUUACUUUAAGACUGAUACGUGUAAAUUUUCCAAUUUCCUCGAUAAAUAUUUUUCUAAUUUACCUUGUGUACGUUAAAUCAAAUUUGUUGGCAAUGACAGCUGAUUCUAUAUUGUGGUUAUGCAACAAACUUUACUCAGUAUAACGUUUUGCUGCAAGUUCUGCUAUCCUCGACAAAGUUUAAAUAUAUAUUUUGUAGCAUUAUAUAUUUGUAUAAAGCCUUCGAAAAUGUAUUUGUAAAAUUUAUCAAACAUUCAUAUCUUUUAUAAAUAAUACACGCCUGCGCGUUAGUAAAUUGUGGAAAGUUUGUUUAUUGUCAUAACAAACUCGUUGCCUGUUUUUUAUGAAAGGUUGUGAUAAGUUUAUAUUUAUUAUUAAAAAUUCACGUAGUAGUAAAUGAUAUAUUUUAUAAAA